GACUUCCGGCGUCAGCUCUUCGGUUUGGAGCCGCGCGCACUUCCAGCGAAGGGUUUCAUGGUCGCCGAGGGAUCGCUGGUAUCAAGUCAACUGAAAAAAGGAAGCAGAUACAACAAGUCACACUUGAGCGUGAGUGUGUGUGUGUGUAUGUUGUUUGUGUGUGUAGCUAUGACAAGAGCAACAGUGGCUAAACUUCUCGUCCUCGUGAUCCUCAUCAUCUGCCUACCACAAUUGUUUGCCUUCAACAGAGUGUCAAAAGCGACCCUGGUCUGUUUGCCCCACGCGCUGUGCGAGCGAGACUUCCGGGUGAAGAAGCGGGAAAGCGGUAGUGAAGAUGGUGACGUCAUCCAGAACCGGUCACGUGACCCUCCUCACAUCCGGGUGGCCGAGAAACGGUGCACGGAGAGAGAUGGCAACCGAACAUCAGAGCCCUGGACGGUGGAAGACACACACGCCAGUUGGUACAUGUGUGAAACUCAAGGGAAUGUGGAACAUUUACACUCAGACGUUGUCAUCAGGAUGUCAGUGCAGCUUCAACUUGGAGAGUUCCUGAAGCUCACCUUAUAUGGUCACAGCAAUACCACCUCGCUACACCUGCACCCACCUGAGAAAGAGGGGAAGAGGAGGGAUGAUGAAGGUCACAGAGAAGCAUCCUAUUGCUGUCUGUCGGUCCCGCCUACUUCGGAAAUGACCAAUCACACCGCAUGUCUCUUUCGGCUGUCCAAUCGCACCAUUUCUAUCGCGAGAGCCAAGGAGAAGUUUCAACGGGCACAAAAAGAUAGGUGGAGUGGUGUGUUCAGGGUCCUCUGGUUAAUUCUGCUGUGUGUGGUGUUGCUGACUUGGACCUCAGCUCUCCUCAGACAUAUUAGCCGAAGGGGAGGCUGCUGCUCGAUGUCCAAGGUAAAGGUGCGUCCACUUGGAUAUGACUUUACCGGACAGCAGUUAAAAGAUGGGCGGAAAGACACAGAGACCAACACUCUAAAAGGGAGAACUCUUCGCACCUUUGAGCCUGGUCUUAGGUGGACAGGACUAUCGCCUAUUGAAGAGGAUGAAGCUGAUGAUGACGUAGUGGAAAGUGCAGUGGAUGAAAACGUGGAUCACUGCAAUGUCACCGAAUUGGAAAUAGAAUGAACGGAAGUUACACGGACCGAAUACUAUUAACCGCAACAUCUAAUCUUCACCAGCGUCCAACAGGGGGUUUCCCUCACGGAGGAGUCGAGCCACUGAUGUCAAACCGGCCAGGACUCAACUUCAGUAAUAAAAACACCUUUCAGCCACAACCGGAACGUCAAAGUGAAAAAAACAAAAAACAGGACACAGAUGAGGAAUAAAGUGUCUUCAUUUUCAACAUA